UCUCCCUGUUGCUCGACCUAGCCGCUCGCACCGCCUCUGCCUCUCGAUAUCUCCAGUUCGUCCGGCGUCCGCCGCCGCCCCGCCCCGCCGUCCUGCGCUACUCCGCGGGGCGCUUGUGUCUAACCUCUCUGACCGGCGACCAGAGUCACCGUUCCUGCCUCAGCCCCGGGCCCCGGCCGGCGGCCGCCGUUCCCGACUGCUCCGCAGUGCUGCUGCCUUUCUUUCUGCUGCGCCAGGACUGGAAACUUUUCUACAUGGGGAAGAAGCCGGGCAAUGCUGGCCCUUCCUCGGCAUCCAGGCCCAUGAACCAGGCCAUGUCGCUCCGCGAGGAGACCUCCGGGAAGGCGCAGGCCGACGUGCCCUCCCUCCUGAGGGUCCAGCACCUGCAGCGGCUGGGGGCAUGGGCGAGUGGGGAGGCGGGAGUUGGCUCGAUCGGGGCGCUGCUGGGCCACCGCCUCGCCACGAACGCCGAGGCGUCUGGGAUUCCCGUUGAAGCCUCCACCUUCCUUUGCCAGAGGUGUGAAUCAAUCUUACAGCCAGGUUUCAACUGCACAAUCCGCAUAAAGAACAACAAAAAGAAAGCAAAGCGGCGCAAGAAGUCAAAUCCUGGCCAAAACAGUGUUGUCUAUGCAUGUCAUUUCUGUGGAGAUCAAAACCUGAUACGGGGUAGUGGAAAGGGUAUCGUGAAGGGCCUGUUAGCAUCGAGAAAGCCUGUUAGCACAAUGUUGAAAGGAGAAACUAUGAACGCGCCAACAGUAACUACUAAAAAGGGGAUCGAGCAUUCUGUAACAGCAGCAUCCAGGUUGAAAAUAUCCACUCCUGAAGAUUAUAAAAUGGAGAAAGGGGCAGUUUUCUCAAUGGUGGAUCAUGGUCAGUUAGCGGCUGCACACGAAGACAUCCUGCAGAAAAUCGAAGUAGAAAGCGCACAUGAUAAAUGUGUGAAUGGAAUUGAAUCUGCGGCUUCUAAAAAUACUACAACAUGUGAACCCGAUGUCACUUCUCAAGCAGAAUUUCCAGCUGGGUCAAACUUUGUUACUCCUCUGAAGAGCAAACUGGCGGAAGUGACUGCGCCUAUAGGUUCAGCAGAACCAUUGAAGACUAGAAGUACACUGAACAAUAAAGCGAAGAAUUGUGGUUCAGUUUCUGCCAAGACCCCUGGAAGUUAUAGCAAGUCAGCAUCAAAUAAAAAGUCUGCACCAGGUGAUUCUACUCAGCCAGCUGGCAGUUCAAGGAAGCGGGCAAGAAAAGGGUGGACUACUCUGAAGCAGAUUGCUGAGAAGGACGAACUUGAGAGAAAAGAGAAGAUGGAUAACUUUGUAAUCCCGUUCUUCAUGCAGUAAAAUAUCUUUUACAGUUGGCACCUGUUGUAAACGUUCGGCUGGAAGAACUGUUACAUUUUUAGUGGUAUUUUUUAGUUUUGUACUUCUGCACCAAUCAUGUCGUCAGUAGUAUGAAAGAAAUAUAAAGUUACCAAGAAAUUCAAAAUUAAACCUAAGGUAGAUAGCUAUCAGUCAAAGGAGAAUGAAAGCAAUGUAGGCGUGCUUGGCUCGAGCUGCCAAUCUGAAGGUAAGGUCAAGUACUCUGCUUUGUUCUUGGCUAAAGGAUUAAUAAUCCAGAGAUCCAUUCAUGCUGUUUUUUUCCAUAUUAUAUUCAGAUCCAGGUUGCUAGUUGUGCUCCAGAUGCCAUACAAUUAUUUUUCUUUUUGGGAUCAAAAUUGGCUAACAAUUCCUGACAUGUGAAUUGGCUAUGUUCUUCAUCAUGACCUACGCCGUCAGAAAGUAAAUUGAAAUUGCAUGUGUACUAGUGCACCAGUGUAGUAGUAACAUCUGUGAACUAUUUGAUGAAUCUAUAACCUGAUUCAAGACAAGGGCACUUCCAUAAUUACAGUUUUGCUCUUAUUUCUGUACCGCAUCAGCAUGAUUUCUUCAGAGUUUGCUCUUGCUAUGUAAACAGUUUUGUUGCUAAUUAAGUAUUCCUUUGUUUGUAUCAGACACCAUCAGAGUGAUCAUGCUAUGGACUGGAGUUAUACAUGCAGUCCACCAGUCUGGAUUUGUUAUUGGAGUAGGCUCCAGGUUGCAUUCAUGUGAAACAGAGGCAGGGUAACUCAGAUAAUUGACAAAACGUGAGGAAGCUGCACAUUAUAUUCAGGGGUAAGUUUAAUACGUCUUCGGAAGAGGUUAUAUGUUGGCAAGAGCCUCACUCUCUCACCUUGUUCCCGGUGGAUGCCCACACAUGCGCAUGAAAGCUGCUCCAGCAAAUGGACAGAAGCAAAAACAGAGGAGGAGCAGAGCAGCACACACACAUGCUUGUUUUACAGGCAGCGAAUGCCUUCCGGCUCUGCUCUUUUGAUGUCCUGUUAGGGUGUGUUUGGUUCGAGAACCAAAUGUAAUGUAAUGUAAUGAUUCCAUUCCAUAGGAAUCGGUCGGUUCCGUUCUUCAGUUUGUUUCAACUACAAAAUGGAAUGGAUUGGUUAUGUUUAUGUUGAUGUGUUUGGUUGGACAGAUGGAACUUGCAAUAGUCAGUCCAUUCAA